ACGGUCCCUUUAAGACCGAAUCCAUAGAUACUAACACAUAUCCUGUUUUCACCCAAAUGUUUACGUCUACUUAAGCCAUAACUGUAUUUACGUGAGAUACUCCACACGAUGGACAUUUUGACAACUAUAUGUGCAUUUGACCAUUCAGGCGCGAGGAGAACUGAUCGCGCGCUGUCUGCAGAGAACUGGGAUCGCGCGCUUCUGCUCUGUGUUAUUCAGCGCGAUUCCGCCUAUCACGCCUUCACUAAUCGAUAACGAAUUGUGAUUGAAAGCAUGCAGUUCGCAAUGUGUGGGUUGUCAUCGUUAAUUUUGAAGUAUUUCCACACCCCUGAGGCUGACAUUGCUUCUGUUGUUGCCGUCGGUGUCUCUGUGCACGGAAAAUUCUGUCAGUUACGUCACGUGAGGUAUCGGUCUUUGGUAUCGGGGGUAUUUUUACGAGUACGAGUACAAGUACACGAGCUUGGUAUUGGGGGCCGAUACCGAUACUGGUAUGGGUAUCGGUGCAUCCCCACCUAAAAUUCUGUCAUUAUUUACUCUCUCUCAAGUUGUUCCAAACCUGUAUAAAUUUCUUUGUUCUGCUGUACACAAAGGAAGAAUGACAAGUUUAAUGUUUCUAGUUUUUUUUUUUAAUGGCUCUCAGGUCAAAGCUUGGUGAUGUGACCAAGAGGGAUUCAUGUGACAUUGUUCUACUACUUACAAACUAAACUACCGACCUGUCAGGACUUGCUAAAUUAAGCCAUUAUGGCUAAAUCCAACAAUUCAGGUACUUUUAAUGAGAUACAGACCGUGGCUUCAUUUAGAACUAGACAUUUUUGCUAUGAUGAAUCUGUUUUAUUUUUAAGUGGAAUGGUGUUUAUUUAGGUUUGAAGAUAGAACUGGUGCCAAAUUGUCAACCAAAUAUGAUCAUCCGAAAACAGCCUUGACCCUGACAGAAACAGGUGUGGAAGUGUGUGAAUGUAUGCCAGGGCUCCUGGCUUUUCUUAAAGGCUGCUGAACAGCUUAUGGCCUAAAAUACAUUUAAGUUAUAUUAAGGGACUGUAACAGUGCUCUGUAUUAGCAAAGAGAUCAUUAAUAAUGUGCUAAUAGGUAGAUUCUGUGCUGGAUUCUGACUAAAGUAGGCUCAUGCGAGUUGCAAACACAGUGUAAAAUCACAAUACUGUUCCAAUCAAGAUUUAUCCAAGACAUUUAUAUACAGUAGCUUAAAUCAUCUACUGUGCCUUAUUGAAGUUUACUUUAGGCAGAAGGUACUACUACCAUUACCUAACAUGCCUGCUCUAGUUGACCCCUGACCUAGCUAUGGAAAAUCUGUGAUUUCAGUCCUAACAAAAGCGAAGCUUGAUUUUGCACACCCAUGCCUCUCAGGUAAGCUUUGUUUCAUAUAUUUAUAUGAUUUAUUUAUUUAUUAAUAUUUUCCUGUUAUAUGUUACAUACUUUCUAACCCAUCUUCUGUCUCUUAUGUAGGACAUUCAGUAUGCAAGCCUGUUUCUAUUGAUACAACAUGGCACAAUGGGUCCGCCCCCUAUGGGCUGCUUCAGAUGAAUAUAAAUACAUCUCUUGUUCACCUUUAACUGUCCGCAGCUGCCCAACAGGCAGUUUGUGUGCCCAGCUAACACUUUGUAGAAACAGAGAGGAUGCAUUAGACUAUUAUUUUGCUGAUCUUUUCUAUAUAUUUUAAGUUCAAGUGGAUUUUUCAGUCUUUCAAAGGCCCUUUGGGUUACGGUGGCAUUGCUGUGCUCAAGGUUGUCCUGUGCACAAUGGGGGUCAAAGCAGCUCUUCCGAGGUACGAGCUCUACUUGUAUAAUGUAGUGCUGUGUAUGGCAAUGCUCUGGGCUGCCAGAUGGAUAUUUGACGUGUCUAGCUCAAAUUCCACUAGAAAAACCUUCAAAACCAGUGUUCAGCCAGGAUGGUACUACUCUGGCAGAAAAAUGGAUACAGCUGACGUCGAGUGGAUGAUGUGGUUUUCCACGUUCCGAGAGCAUAUCAUCUUUGCGCUCUCAGGUCACGUGAUCUUUGCCAAGAUCUGCUCGUUGCUGGCUCCACAGUACAGAUCUCUGGUGUACAUGGUGUACGGUAUGCUGGCGGUUUUCAGCAGUAUGGGCUGGGCUUACGUCAUGCUCAUCCUCUCUCACUGCGUGCUGCUCUAUAGCAUCUCUCUGGUCAAGCUCAGGUGGCUCUGCUUUGUUGCUGGACUCACUACACUGGCCACUUUCAAAAUGGAGCCCUUCAUUUCCUGGCAGGCAGGGUUUGCGACUGGCAAUUUUGAGCUCCGUCCUCUUCUGUUCUACGGUGGCUGUGGUUUCACCAUCAUGCGCUGUAUGAGUUUUGCUCUUGAGAACUGUGAGAGAAAAGAUGGAAACUACAGCAUCCUGGAGCUUCUCAAGUACAACUUUUACCUCCCCUUCUUUUACUUCGGACCCAUCAUGACAUUCGACAAGUUCUACAUUCAGGCCAAUAACCCUAACCUGACGAGGAAGGACGGGGAGAUGUGGAACAUUUCCAUUCAGGCCCUGCUAAACCUGGUGGUUAUUAUGAUAGUGGCAGUCCUCUUUCACUUCAUGUACAUUCUGACCAUUCCUACUGACAUGAAGCUCCUUAAACACAUCUCUGACUGGGCCCUCGUUGGAUUGGCCUACUUAAAUCUGGUGUAUGAUUGGGUGAAAGCGGCAGUGAUGUUUGGAGUGAUAAACACAGUAUCAAGACUGGAUCAUCUGGACCCUCCCAAACCACCGAAAUGCAUUACAAUGCUCUAUGUUUUCUCUGAGGCACACUUUGAUCGAGGAAUAAAUGACUUUCUAUGCAAGUAUGUUUAUAACUAUCUCGGCGGGAAACAUGAGAACGUUUUGGAUGAGCUGAUAGCCUCUCUGUGCACGUAUGGCAUCAUGUCCCUCUGGCUGGGACCAAGCUGGGUGGUUUUCAUCUGGGCUUUCUUAAACUGCUUUGGCCUUAAUUUUGAACUGUGGGCCGCAAAAUUAUUCUCCAUGGAACCUUUUAUUUCUAUUGAGAUGGCGAUAUCAGAUUCUAUGUCACGCAGGAUCAGGGCUGUGUUCAAUACUUUCAACUUCUGGACAAUUGUCCUUUACAAUAUCCUGGUCCUGAACAGUCUUGAAUUUGCCAAACUGGUUGCAAAGAGAUUGUUACUUAAAGGUUUCCCCUUCACGACCAUCACUGUGAUGUUCGUCACCUACUGCUUGAUUCAGCUGAUUAAGGAAAAGGAAAGAAGACAGGCUUUGAUUGACGACCCAGACCCAAUCCCCCCUCCAGCCCCUGUUCCUGCACCCACAGCUGCACCCACUACCACAGAUCCCAGCACCACCCAGAUGGACGCUGCUGCCGCCCAGCCUGUGGACCCAAACAAGCAAAAGGCAGAGUAGAGAUUACACAUGAUGGUUACAUUUUUAUAAAACCUGAAUGGUUUACUUAGACAUUUUGUGUCAAUCAUAGUCAAGAAAUAAUGUUUUAAUAAUGGUACUGUAUCGAAACAACUAUUUAAGUUUUUACAGAUUUUCUCAACAUUACAGACUCUACUCUCAUUGGCUACUUUUUAAAUUAGUGACAGUUUUACAUAUGUAAUAGGAGUUUCAAAUAUGUUCUUUGUAGUUAAAAACAUAGAGGAUGAAUUUUAUUAUUACAAAUUUUAUAACUAAGUUUUAAUUCAAAUGAAAUACAAAUACUCAGUGUUCAUACCAGAAGUAAUUACUGCCUGAGGUUGAAAAUAUGUGCUUAAAUGAAAGUAAUGGAGUGAAGAUCACAAAGAUUAUUUUAUGAAUUUGUGAUAUGCAUUAAAAUAAGCUUCAUUAAUGA